AUGGAUCAUUUAGAAUUUAAUCGUCAAAAAGAAGAUAUUUUAAAUGAAAUGAAAGAAGUAGCAUCAAAGAGAGACGAUAUUCAAAUACAAACUAUCGAACAAUAUGAAAAUGUACAGUGGAAUGAAGUACGAAGAAGGCUUUUAACGGCUUCUAAUUUCGGACGUAUCAUCUCUCGAAGACCAUAUACUGGCUGUGAAAAUAUUGUCAAGAGUCUUUUAUAUAACACACAAAUAAUGGCACAGUCAUUAGAUUAUGGUCGUGAGAAUGAGGUUGUCGCUAAAAAAGAACUUGAAAAAAUGUUGAACAAGCCUAUACGAGACUGUGGUAUUUUUAUAGAUGCAGAGCAUUUCUUUUUAGGAGCAACUCCAGAUGGUUUACUGGACGACGAUGGACUGGUUGAAAUAAAAUGUCCAUACUCUGCUGCUAAUAUGACUCCCGAUGAAGGCAUAUUAAAUAAAAAAAUUGAUUUUUGGUCUGUAAAUAAAGAUGGGAGUAUUGGAAGUUUCAAAAUAAGACAUAAGUACCAUUAUCAAGUUCAAGGACAAAUGAAAAUUGCACAAAAAAAGUUUUGUGUAUUUGCUGUGUGGACUCCAAAAGGCAUAAAAACGGAAACAAUCUUUUUUGAUGAACAAUUCUGGGAAGAACAAAUGUUUCCAAAAUUACAAACAUUUUUUUAUGAUUGUCUACUACCUGAGAUCGUGGACCCAAGGUAUCCAGGAAGACCAAUUAGAAAUCCGCAAUCUAUUAUUGAUGCUCAACAAGAGCAAAAAAAAAAACUAGAAUCGUCGUAG